UCGACUUUUGUAGUCUGUACAACUUACUGUACCAGCUCGGCGUAAAUGGAAUAAAUAACCAAAUUACGCGACUACGACGACGACCACUUUAUUCUCUCUUUAAACUACUUUACAGUUUACACGACGACUACAUGUAGACAGCACUCGACAACAACAAUAACAACAGGUGUGUCGUCCUGGCGGCGUCAAAGUUGAGUACCCGAGUACUUGAACGCGUGGAUUUAAGAAUAGUUUUUAGAUUUAAUCUAAAGGGAACACAAGGGGUAGGGGAGGGGGCUCGUAGAGCGACAUGACCAUGUCGAUAAUUCCCACCCACCGGCGCCGUGAUGACGACCGUCCGUAAUGGGAUACAUGCCGAGUCGGAGUGUGCGUGUAGCUAAAAUAUCAUCUACCGCGACAACUACAACGCGGUAUUAACAUUAAGGUAAGUCGUUGUACACGUCACGGGACUACCGACGGUAAAACAAAAAAAAAAGUUGAACGAAAAGUGAAAACAACCUCCACCGUCGUUUAUGACUUGAUAAGAAAACGCCGCUACGUGUGAUAACCGCCGCCGUAGGAGAGUUUCGGCGUUUCACAAUUCUUUGGACUAUUUACAUCAUCAUUGUUAUCGGACCGGUGGCCGGGCCAACGGGAACGGUUGAUUAGCGCGCGCACUGAGCCCAUUGGCCCGUGGCCGCGAUACAGCGUCGGGAAAUCCGACUAUCCGAGCGGCCGGGUGAUAACGGGACGGCGGCGAACUGCGAACGCCGAACACCACUCGUGCGCGGCUUACCGCUGUGUGUGCGUACACAGUACACACCACCGACCGCCACCUCCGCCAUCACGCGCACUCGGUGAUAAAUGACGAAAUAAUCGACAGACAAGCCAACAGCAGACCAACCGUACCUCGCCGGACAGCCGACGGAGACACCGUGACAGUGCCGUCUCGUUUGUCGUCGCGGAUGAAACUUCAAAAAUUUGUCGAGUGAACGAAUCGACGACCAUCGCCGUUGCAGUAAUAAUUGACCACCGCACACACCGGCGAUCGCGACGCUAUCAUCGCACAGCAGUCAGUGGUCGUACGCGUAGAGUAGUAGUAAUAGUACACGGUGUUGUACCAUAGUGAGCAUUCGACAGUCGCUGUAAUAGUGUCGACGGUGGCAGCUGUUGAGUGUUCAUGUGUACGUGUUGAGCGUGUGUGACGUCGCGUAACCGUAACGACGACGACGACCCCGCAAACCGGCCCGCCGGACACGGCAAAGUCGGGCGCAAACUACUGUCGUUGGUGUUACGUAGCUACCUGUCGACGUCUAGCAGCGGCGGACGCGCAGUAGUUGCUCGACGACGGCGACGGACGACUCAGCCGUGACGAUGACCCUGCAGGCCAUCAAGUACGAAAACGGCACGUUGGAAGUGCUGGAUCAACUGCUGUUGCCCAAAGAGUCCAAGUACAUACCCAUUUUGGGUGUCGAGGACGGAUGGAAGGUCAUCAACAAAAUGCAGGUACGUGGUGCUCCAGCUAUUGCCAUUGUUGGAUGUUUAAGUUUGGCUGUAGAAAUAUCAAAAGAAGAGUUUGAAAAAAAAAAGGCUCUUCGAAGAGAAGUUGAAGGUAAACUAAAUUAUUUAAUAUCUGCUCGGCCAACUGCUGUAAAUAUGAAACAGGCUGCAGACCAUUUGAUAUCUUAUAUAAACUCUUUGGAUAAUGAUGAAUCAAUUUCAGCACAAGAAAUGCAAGCUAGGUUUGUAGCAGCUAUAGAAGCAAUGUUAGAAAAAGAUAUAUCAGAUAAUAGAUCAAUAGGAGAAUUUGGAGCUAAAGCAAUUUUAAACAAUGUUACGGAUGGUGAACAAGUUCGUAUUUUAACGCACUGCAACACUGGUUCAUUAGCUACAGCAUAUUUUGGUACUGCAUUAGGUGUUGUACGUUGUCUACACUCUGCUUCAAGACUGGAAAAUUGUUAUUUCACGGAAACAAGGCCUUAUAAUCAAGGCGCUAGAUUAACUGCCUAUGAAUUAGUACAUGAUAAGAUACCAUCAACUCUGGUCUGUGAUAGUACUGUUGCUUAUUUAAUGAAGACUGCUCAGAUAAAUGCUGUUGUUGUUGGUGCUGAUAGGGUGGCAGCCAAUGGAGAUACUGCUAACAAAAUUGGGACUUAUCAAAUUGCUGUAGUCGCCAAGCACCACGAAGUUCCAUUUUAUGUUGCUGCUCCUUUAACUUCAAUUGAUUUUAGUGUAAACACAGGUGAUAAUAUAGUAAUCGAGGAGAGGCCUCAAGUGGAAAUGACUCAUAUAAAUAAUUUAAGAAUAGCUUCUCCAGGUGUAACUUGUUGGAAUCCAGCAUUUGAUGUAACACCAGCUCGACUGAUAACUGGAAUAAUCACUGAAAAGGGUGUUUUCCGACCGUCUGAACUCUCAACACUCCAGUCUCAAUUGCAAGAUCAUAAAAACUCACUUCCCCAACUGUAAUACAUACCUAAAUAUUAUAUCAUUGCACAAACGCAUUGUACAACUUUUUUAUGAAAAAAAUAAUAUUAGGCUAUUUUUUAUUAUAUAUAUGUAUGCAAAAGCUACAUUCCUAAGCCAGCGACAUCAAUUUUUAUUUAUGUAUAAAUGUAUAAUCAUAAUAUUAUUGUCUGUUAUAAAUAUUUUUAAUAUUAUAUGGAAAUAAUUCCAUAAGCAAAAAAUGCAUAAGUACAUUUAAAAUAGACCAAUUAUUACUUAUAUAU